GCGCGCGCAUACACCCACGCACACCCAACAAACACACACGUAGCAAGUAGUGUGGUGGUGUGUGCGUGCGCGUACGCGUGUGCGUGCGCGGGGGUUUUGAGAGGUCGGCCAGCCACACGACGACGCACCGACGACGACGACUACGUCGACGGUGUGUACGACUACCACCACGACAUCGCGUGGGGGUUGCACGAAGACCCCCUGGUGGGGUUCUGGCUGGCGACCCUACAGUCCCCCUAUAGCUGGAAAUGAUAUCAGUCGCGACUCGGUCGAGGGAGCCCCAGCACGUCGCUUAGCUGCCGUCGCGCCGAGGUUGUCGUCGUCAUCGUCGUGCCCCUCGCGUAAUCUUUCUCGAUACGAGAAUUCGCCCCUCCGAAGUGGGAGUAGAUCGCGCGUCGCCGCCUUCGUCAUUGCUUCUAACUCUUCCUCUUUACGCCUACAACUGGUGUGAGGUCUAUUGGCUUAUCCAUCCAUCAGCCUGUUUAACAACCGAGCACGAGCAGCGGAGGUCGCGGGAACUUCAGAGUGGAACGCGCCCACACACGGAUGGAGCAGUAGAGCCAGUCUCGCCGGGGUGGCCGAGGGCUUGUUAGCCAUAUCGUCGCCCUCGCGACCUCGCGAGUCAAAACGAGGGCGAGAAGAGUUGCAGUAAGACGCAUUUCCACGAGCGUCCGAGUACGUGGCAGAGGCACACGCUGACUCUCGACGAAAACAUGGGUGAGAAGAUGUUCAAUCUUACGUGGAACAAUCACCUGGCAAACCUAUCGGGGCUAUUCGAGACGCUCUACAAGAGCGGCUCUCUGACGGACGUGACUCUCGCUUGCCAGGGUGGCAUGCUCAGGGCUCACCGGCUGGUCUUGGCAGCAUGCAGCCCUUACUUCGAGAGAGUCUUCAAGGAGCACUAUGGGGAUCAACCCAUUCUCAUUUUGAAAGGAGUCGCUGUCGAGGAGAUGGAAUGCCUUCUGGACUUUAUGUACAGAGGCUCCAUCGACGUGGCAGAGGAGCAUCUGCCUUCGCUCAUCAAGACUGCUACCGACUUGGAGAUCCGCGGUCUCUCCGGGGAACAGAAAAACCAGGAGCACAAGCGUAAUCCAUAUGCGAGGGUCGAGGCGCGCAUGCAACGGUGCCACAUCGAGCCCAGGGUGCACACCACCGAGUACAUCAAGGACUCAUCGGUGAUACCGUUCUUACCGAAGCACUCCAACGUCGAAACGAUGGAGGAGCACAAGGUGGAGGACAUUGAGGUAGAGGACGACCCGAUGGUGAUUGACGACCACGAGGACAGCUUUGACGAGCUUCCGCAAUCCAUGGAAGCACAAAUUAAACGUAUACCACCUCCAAUGUUCAAGCGGGAGACCAGAUUCAAAGGGCAGAAGAGGGUGUGCGUGGGUCGCGUAACGCGGAACAGUGAACCAAUGGAGACGAGGUCGAAGAACUCUUCGCGGGAAUCCAGCUGCGAGGAUAUCUCGAAGAUUAUCAAAGGCGAGACCAGUUUUAACGACACGGAUAUUGUGGGAUCGAACGUGCAACAACAGGUAUAUAGUGACUUGCAACCCGUAGAGAUUUCAUACGAUGCCAGUCAACAGUCUCUUCUAACAAAGGACUCCGUGGGAAUUGUUUCGUAUAAUUCUUUCGAGUCAACUUCGUGCACCUCUCUCCACAUAAACGUUAGUUGCAGCAAUAAUCUUUCAAAUAGUGAGGACUUGGCAUAUUCAUUGCCGUUUACGUCAAAUGCUCCAGGUGCUUUAAGCAACUUGAAUGAUGAGCUCAAGGAUUUUGCAAAUCCUUUAGCCUCCCCGAUUAAAGCACCAGAAAAAAAUUACGCCCAACAACAAGAAACACAAUCACAAAUGUCCAUUGUUAAUAUUCAAGAUUCUGAAGAAAAAAAUCCCCUGUUGAUUUUAUUACAAAGAAGCGGAGCCCGUUGGUGUAAACUCGUCGACGAUUCCCAACGCAACAAUAUGGUACCAGUGGGGCACGACAUCCACGAGAUUGGAAAGAUCACUGCUAAGCACCUGCUUAGUUUGGCCACUCCUCCAACACGAAAAGUAUCCACGUCAACCCUUACGAAGUGGGCCACAUAUUUUAAACGUCUUUUUCCAAAGACACCGAUAUCAAGUUUUUACGCCUUUAAAACUGAACAGUACAGACGAAAAGACGGCGUUAUAAUUCAAAAGAAGAGGGCAGACGGAGCACUGCAAUCUCAACUUUUCCAAGCGAGACGAAAGCUAAUUAAAGAAAACCGAGCUACUUUGCUGAGGCGUCCGUGCAAAAAAACGGCUGGUGGAAAUGCAAGUUCUUCACACGUCGUAUUCACCAUCAGAAAUACAUGGAGGCCUGUCGGUCGGCAGGACGAAAAGAAUGUCCAGCUUCGCGACAAAAUCUUGUCAAUAGAAAUUGAUCCGACAAUACAGUGGCAUCUCGAGUAUUUGCACAACCAAUUACAAAAUAAGUUGACCUUAGAAUUGGUAACUUCUUGGAAAGCUACCUUCACCUAUAGGCGGAAGCAACUCAUAGAUCAGCCAGGAACUGUGUGGGAUUAUUUGAACGAAUUUCCAUUUUUGCAAAUUCAAGAUAUAGGAAAAGCUUUAAUUUCUGAGGACUUCAAACAAAUUUGUUCUAAUGCAGAGCCUAUUACAAGAGACUUGGGAAAACUGGCUGAAAACUUAGAUGACCGCAGAGUCGCAAUCAUACAAGUAGCCAAAACGGUUAUGGAGAGAGCAAGCCAGCAAAAACAAAAAGAUAUAGCAGCUUCGUUCUUUCGCUUGGCUGAAAAAGAUUCAGAUGUGCAACUCAGAGUGACUGGAGCUCUCCUGCUCCUUCCUUUUUUAUUUCCUUACGCCUGUGUAGAUAAAAAGUGGAAACCAUCGAGGGAAAACAUAGUGGAAUCUUUCAUCGCCAGAGUUUGCAGUGAAACUGAAGUUCAAAAAUACAUCGAAUGUCGACGUAAGUCGCUGUUCGAAAUAACAACCAGAUCAACUAAAAUACCAAAUUCCGUGCAACCUUAUGUUUUGGCAGUAGGUCCAACAUGGGAGCAUAUCAGCCAUGUCCAUGUAAUAGUAGACCAAGUAUUGUAUACAUGCGAAAACAUAAUUGAGGCUACGGAACUUUGUUUUAAAUUGUUUCACGCUUUUCACUCCGAUUAUCCUCCUGAAAGCAAACAUGUGUGGCAAUUGAUACAACAAGGUUUUUUUAAAUUGUUUAUCACAGAUCAUGACUUGAAAAAAAGAACAAUUACCAAGGCUUUGGCUGAUAUUGCUAUUGAUAUUGAGGAAGAGAAACUAUACUACUAAAGUGACAUAAGAAAAUUAGAAAAGUAUAGUUUCAAUGUGUAUUUGGUAGUUUAAAAUUUUGUUGCUAUACUCGUUAAUUUUUCUCAACUCUUCUAAUUCUAAAUACUUUAAGAUUAGAGACAAUUAUAUUUAUUUGCAAAUUUUUUAUAAAUAUAUAUAUAUAUAAUAUAUUAUAUUAUUAUAUAUUAUUUGCUUUCUUGUUCUACAUUUGCAAAUGUUUCAAUUUUUUCAUUUUUCAAUUUUGUCAAUUUGGGAACGAUUAAGAUUUUUAUCAAAAUUUUUUUUAAAAUUACAUCUCGAUUGUUAAUACUAUCUAGUCAUGUAAAAAGAAAUAUUCCACAUAAAAUAUGCUGUCACUGCUCAUUUUAGGAAAUAUUUUUAGUGCUUUCUUGUUUUGUGUUUACUUCAGACACAUUACCGCUGUAGCUUCUCGUGCAUCAUAUUAACGUACUACUACUGCUUUGCUAAAUAAAAAGUAAUUUUAAGAAUACUAAAGUACCUGUAAAAAACAUUUAUCCAAAUUUCUACAAGUCAAAGUCUUUACGUGUUCGAUGAGAAUUUGGAUGCUUUCACAUGUUUGACUUGUUGCAAACUUUUAAGAUGCAUUACAAAAGAAUACAUAAUGCCGUAACUAUAUUCACUUCAGCAAUUGAUGUUUCUAUCUAUGUUUUCCUAUGCUGCUAAGAUAUUAAAAAUGAUAUCUAGAAAUUCAAUUUAACAGAAUCCAUCUUUUCAAAACUCUUACAAUUAAACACCAGGUGCAGUUGAAUUAUUUCUUUCAAGAAAACAGACAUCCUUUGAACUUUAGAUAUUUUUGUAAAAUUAAGAAAGUUUAUCUUCCACAUUUAACAAUACUUUUAAAACAAUUGCGUCUCCCACUCUCCGUAAAAUCGUAUAUCGCAUCUUUUAUCAUAAUUAAUUGUAUUAUUUAUAGGUCUGAUGAUGUUUUAACUUUACAUUUUGCUAAAAAGUACGGGGACCAAGUUCUUUCAAAAAUAGCUAAAAUUUAUUUCUUUAAUUAUAAAAAAAAUUUUUUUUAAAGACACUUCUUUGAAAAAUAGAUUUUAUAUUUUAUGAUUCACUCAUACUUGUACAAUCUUAAUACUAUAUCUAUUUUUUUGCCACCCUUUGAAUGUUAUUAUAUAACAGUGUGGAAUUUCUUAGAUUAGAUAUGUACAGAGUUAUAUCAUCGUAAUUCACAUUUAUUUUAUUUUAGAAAACUCGAUGUAAUUUGAUGUAAUUUUAAUUAAUAAAUAUGUAUGUUAAAUGUAA